AUGUCAUAUCAUUUGCGUAAAAGAUGUGAUCAAGCAUCAAACAUGGAAGCCGAUAACGAAAACGAAGCAAAAAUCCACCUAACGCGACAUACAAAAAAGAUCGCUCAGCAGCGCAACAGGGCGUUCAGUCUGGAUACCUAUCAAGAACUUCGUCGUGGUAUUGUAAAGAAAGCUGUACAGGCAAAGCGCGAGUGCGAUGAGCAACCUACCAUCCACGACGCAUCACCGAAUCAGAAAGUGAGUCAACGUGGCAGGCCAAGGAGGUCCGCCAUUCGCACAAGGAAACGUGGCAACAAGAAUGAAGAUUUGGGAUUAGGCUUUGCCAUUCCUGCCAAGUAUCAAUACUUUUCCACGGAUGUGGAUAGUGAAGAUACCGAGUUUUAUCCCCCCGAGUGGUUUCCAAAUAUGGAUCAUGUUGAUCAAGUCAUGCUAGACCUUGGGAUCGAUAACAAAGCAACGUCUGAGAAAUACCCGAAUGAUCCAUACUUAUCAAGGCUCCAUCCAAAAGAUAAAGCAUUGGCAGCUUAUCUUGGUCUUCCAGCGUCCAAAUACCUAAGAUCCAAGCGCACCCUCAUCAUGGCAGCCUGUGAGUUUAACAAGCAUGGGGUUCAGCAUGUGCGAUGUGUAGAUACCAGAAAGCUAUUACACAUUGAUUCUUCCAAAAGUACUUUGAUGCAUCAACUAUUUCUAAGGCUUGGAUGGUUACGACCACAUUCUCCCUCAACUUAG